AUGAAGGUGGGUACCUGUUGCAAUGAAUCAAUUAAAGCCCUUCUGACACAUAAGAUGUGUGUUGCCAGACCUGUUGCACAGGUUUGUCAGGAGGAAGGAUAACAUGUGACAGCGUACAGAAGCCAAGAGGGCUGGAGAAGAUCAGAAGCUCGCAUGAGCGAGCUGAGCUUUCCAAAAUAUUUUCUCGAAACACUAUUCAGAAGACCCCUGAACUCUCUGGCAGACGGCACCAUGGUGGAGCAAGAGAUCCUGCUGUCGUGUGCUUAUCCUCAAGAAAAGUGUUAUUCAGCAAUAGUUAUGAACUCCCGUUUACGAGCCUUAGGUGGGAGGAUAAAUAACAUACGAGCGUCAGAACUACCAAAGGAGAAAACUCGAUCAGAGAUAACCUGUAACGUUCACUUUUUGGAUGGCUCAAUACAAAGCUUCAAAGUCAAUAAACAAGACACUGGUCAGAUUUUGCUGGAUAUGACCUAUAGUCAGUUGGGUGUGACAGAAAAAGAAUAUUUUGGUUUACAGCAAAAUGAAACUUCAGUAGAUUCACCUUUUUUCAUUUCACAGCGAUGGCUUGAACCAAACAAACCUAUUAGGAAACAGUUAAAAGGAGGUUUUCCCUGCACCCUUCGUUUUCGUGUAAGGUUUUUCAUACCUGAUCCUAACACACUUCAGCAAGAACAAACCAGGCACUUAUUCUUCUUGCAACUGAAGACUGACAUUGUGGAAGGAAGGUUGUCAUGCCCUAUUAAUUCUGCUGUUGUGCUGGCAUCAUACGCAGUACAAUCCCAACUUGGAGACUACGAUGCUUCAAUACAUCAUUCAGGAUAUCUGUCCAAUUACAACUUUAUACCAGAACAGAACAAAGAUUUUCUUACCAAAGUAGAAGCACUACAUGAACAACACAGUGGCCUCAAGCAAUCUGAAGCGGAGUCCUGCUACAUAAAUAUAGCACGGACCCUUGAUUUCUAUGGAGUGGAAUUGCACAGUGGUAGAGAUCUCCAUAAUCUAGAUCUCAUGAUUGGUAUUGCAUCCAGUGGAAUUGCUGUGUAUAGAAAACUCAUCUGCACAAGCUUCUAUCCCUGGGUGAACAUAUUAAAAAUUUCCUUCAAAAGGAAAAAGUUUUUUAUACAACAACGGCAAAAACAUAAUGAAUCCAGAGAGCAUAUUGUUGCCUUCAACAUGUUAAAUUACAGAGCAUGCAAAAAUCUGUGGAAGUCUUGUGUAGAGCAUCACACGUUUUUUCAGGCAAAGAAGUCACUACCUCAUGAAAAAAAAAUAUUGUCACAUUAUUGGACCCUAGGUUCUAGAAAUCCAGCAAAGUCUGUAAACAGCCAGUACUGCAGAAAAGUCAUAGGUGGGAUGGUUUGGAACCCAUCUAUGAGGAGAUCUUUAUCUGUUGAGCAUCUAGAGACCAAAAGCCUUCCUUCUCGAUCACCUCCUGUUACCCCUAAUUGGCGGAGUCCUAGACUACGUCAUGAAAUUCGUAAGGUGCGACAUUCAUCUGUCGAUAACCUUACAAAUGAGAUUUCUUAUAUUACUGAGACAGAAGAUGUUUUUUAUACAUAUAAGGGCUCUCCAACAUCCAAAGACAGCGAUUCAGAGUUCUCUCAGAACCAUAGUCCACAGAGGAGGCCGUCUGAACAAGAAUCACCAAAGAACGUAUUGGGAAAUAGUCCAACUCGGAAUUCUCUGACCCAUACCUCACCUAAAGCAUUGACUCAGUCUCCCAAUGGAGUUGGUAACAUUUCUGACUCUUACCCACUGGAAGGGGUGGAUAAACACUUCCUAGAAACAUAUGACAAUGUUACGAAAAGUAGCUCAACAGAUGAUUCCAGUCAGUACUACUGCGAUAAGAAUGAAGUAAUUGAAGGAGAUUUGCUUUUGGUGCGUAUCACACCAGAUGAAGAUGGGAAGUUUGGAUUUAAUCUAAAGGGUGGUAUAGAUCAAAAAUUGCCCUUAGUGGUAUCAAGAAUAACUCCAGGAUCACCUGCUGAUAAAUGCAUUCCAAAACUGAACGAAGGUGAUCAGAUAGUAUUAAUUAAUGGCAGAGAUAUCUCAGAACACACGCAUGACCAGGUGGUCAUGUUUAUAAAAGCCAGCAGAGAAUCUCACACGAGAGAGCUUGCACUUUUGGUCAGGAGGAAAGUAGUUAAACAGUUUGUGGAGCCUAGAUUGGAAGAUGAAGUUGAUUCCCAGAAUCUCCCAGAAGCUCUUCUUUGUUCUGAAUAUGCUGAUACUCUGGAUGAGUCUAUGGAACAGCUAAGGAAAGGGCUGGAAAGUGGGACAGUAAUUCAUCAGUUUGAGCAACUUUAUAGAAAGAAACCGGGAUUGGCUGUUACAUGUGCAAAAGUACCUCAGAAUAUGGACAAGAAUCGAUACAAAGAUGUUCUGCCUUACGAUGCCACAAGGAUAAUACUGCAGGGAGAUGAAGAUUACAUUAAUGCAAAUUAUGUGAAUAUGGAAAUUCCUUCUGUGGGCAUUGUGAAUAGGUACAUUGCUACUCAAGGACCUCUUCCUCACACAUGUGCACACUUUUGGCAAGUUGUCUGGGAUCACAAGUUGUCACUGAUCAUUAUGUUAACAACACUCACUGAACGUGGGCGGACAAAAUGUCAUCAGUAUUGGCCUGAUCCACCAGAUGUAAUGGAGUAUGGCAGCUUUCGUGUCAGAUGCCACUCAGAAGACUGUACAAUUGCAUAUGUUGUUAGAGAAAUGGUGAUUACAAACGUUGAGACAGAACAGCAACACACUGUCACUCAUCUUCAGUAUGUUGCUUGGCCUGAUCAUGGUGUUCCUGAUGACUCCAUGGAUUUCUUGGAGUUUGUGACCUGCAUGAGGCCAAAGAGAAUAGAGAAUGAGCCAGUUCUCGUUCACUGCAGUGCUGGAAUCGGUCGCACUGGUGUAUUGGUCACUAUGGAAACAGCCAUGUGCUUAAUUGAAAGAAACCAACCUGUUUAUCCACUGGAUAUUGUAAGAAAAAUGCGAGACCAGCGAGCUAUGAUGGUUCAAACAUCAAGUCAAUACAAAUUUGUUUGUGAAGCUAUUCUUCGUGUUUACAAAGAAGGAUUGAUUCGACCACUGGAUUCUAGUUAGCACAGCAGUGAAGGAUGCAUUUUUUUCCCCUAAAAAGACUGCUUUUUAAGUAAAGCAGGGGCUUAUUUCUCAAAGCAACUAGAAUGGACUAGAAGCCCAUGAGAAGACAGAUGAGCACAUUUGAACUGUGGCACUUUAAAUUUCUCGAGAAGAUUGCUAAAUCAUGUACAGUAUAAAGAAAUCAUGUAGAUAAAUAUGAGAGCAAUUGUGUGUAAAUGCUUAGGCACCAUAAGCAAUCAUGGAAACCUCAAUGCAUAUCUUUCACUGCCUUAAACACCCCUCACUUUGGAAGUUAAAGAGAUUUUUGUGUUUCUUUUGAAAAUAUGAAAGGAAAGCUAAUAGGACCGAAAUGACUCAGUUUAAGAAGGUAUUUAAUAUCUUUGUAUGAAAGCUCAUGGAAAGUGAAUAUUUGUAACUUUUUUACUGGGACAUUAAAUAUUUGUAGGAAUGUAACCUUGACUUCUCAAUGGCUGAUGAAAAGCUUCAAAGCCUAAUGCAUAACUACUGUACAUUAAGAAUAGGAGAAAUUAAGUAUUCACUUUCCAUAAGUCUAAUAGUAUGCCAGCUUUAUAAUACUGUAUCACUGUAUGUGAUGUGCAAAAUGAUACUUCAUUUAUACAUUUAAACAGAUGGUACAGUCUAUGUCUUCUGUUGAUCAGUUUUACUUCCAAUUUGCCCUUUCAACAGUGACCUACUUCUUAGUGUUAGCUGUUGUAUUUCUUUUCUUCUGUUUCUACUGUCCUCCAAGACGGUCAUUUUUCACUGCUAUUUCUGUAUGUGGACUGAAAACAUUCUAAUCUAAGACGAGGUCUUAUUUUCUUUCACCUUUGUUUCCAUGUGUAUUAUGAGUUCUCAGAUGUAAAUGUGCAUUAACAUUGUACACAAGUACUAGAUGUUUGACUUGCUGUAUAUGCAAAGUAGUCUAAUCCAAUACUGGAAGAAAAAAUUACUACUGAACCCAUCAAAUAUGUUGCUGCUAAUUCAAGGUGUGAAGCUUACAAGGACACAGGUAUUGCUAGUGUUCAGAUGGUGAUAAAAUGUUGACUUGCUGCCCUUCAGCAAAUGUGUGUUUAUCCAGUGAAACACAGCUCUGUUGCAAGAGUUCUGUGGAUUUGUUGUGUUUCUUGCUUUAUGGAAAUGCAGCAAAAUUCAUGUGAAGAUUGACGUAGAAAGAGAGAAUUAAUUUGUACAUUGUUACAUGAUUCACCCUUAAGGUACACUGGUUUCCAUUUCAUUUCAAAUGGGAGAAUUGGACUUUCUGAACAAUAUAACCACAUUUGUAUGGUGUUAAUUUAUUUUGUGUGUGCUUUAUGGUUACCCUGAGAUAGUUCUUCAUUUUUGAAUAUUAUCUAAAAAAAAAAGAAAAAAAUUAUUCUAAGGGACUGUUUGAAACUGUUAUUAAAAAAAUAGUCCUAAAUAAGGACAAACACUUAAGACAUAUUAACCAAAUGUUUAUAUGUAUAUAAAAGGAAAAAAUAGAUAAUUUUCUUUUUGAAUAUAUAUAAUACACACGUAUACAUCCAGAUAUAUUUUAGAACUAUGGUUUGUAUUAUGGAUAUUGUCGUUUAUUCUUGAAGUUUCAUUAUAGAAACUGACAUAGCUAUAUAAUAUGUAUCUCUCAUGUUACCGGAAGGUUGGAUUGGUUUGUUUUGUGUUGUUUUUUUUCCCCAGGAGAUGACUGAGAAAUGAUUGUAGUACAUGCUUAAUUGCUAAUCCUUGUCUCCUUUAGACUUAUUCCUUUCUUCCAGAUUACAUUAUUGGUUAGAAGUAGAGGAAAGAAGAUUCCUAGUUACUUGGUUAAAACAGAGUUUUUUGGUUGGAACACACAAGGUCCUCUUCAUGGCUUUGUAGGUUGAAGGGUGAAUAGAUUUGUGUUCAUUCUUAUGUAUUGCAUUCCUGAUUUUAUCAUUGCUUAACAGUUUUUAUAGUGUAUGGGGUUUUUAUCCUCUUGCUUGAUUGGGCAUGGAUUGGAAACCAAAAGACGGUAAAUCUAGUCAACUCUUUACUUAUUAAACUGCAUCAGGUCAUUCAAUCUGGUCUGUGACUUCAAAUGUAAAAUACUUCUGGACACACAUUUUGCUUGGGAAGCUUUUUCAAAAAGUACAUGCGGAAAAGUGUUGUACAGGCUGUCAGCUGCUGUUAUAGCGUGUUGAGUGAGAAUGCCUAGUGACAUGUCUCCAUUUGAGUAGUGGUCACUGAAGGGUCUGCCUGCUAUUUGACAGAAGCUCUCUUUUGCUGUCAUGCGUGUGCCUUUCUGUUAAAAUAUCUGGCUUUGAAGUUAUGCUGUGCCUAGAUCUCAAAGUCAUUGCUUGCAGUUUGUGUGACUUUGUCAAGAUUUGAAAAAGGCACAAAGGAGAAGAAAAAAAUAAAAGCAAGAGAAUAAAUAGAAAAUAUUUAGAGCAUCUCUGUGACAUUUGUUUCUUUAAUAGCAGUCCUUGAUUACCAUUUGUGUUCAAGGUUAGUGACCUAUUCCUACCACUAUUUAUUUUUCUUCAUGUUGAAUAUGUAUUUACCAAAAGAUGGUAAAUUUCUUCAGUAUAUAACUCUAGUCUCAAGAUGCAUGGUAUGGGUUUGACUUGCAUUAGUAUGUGUGUUUUUACAUGACCACUGUCAUAUUGUGACAAGUGCUGCUCUUGUUCUGAUAAAGUUAGAUGACUUUAAUAAUAGCAUUCUUAUGCUAUUAUUUGGAUUUUAAUAACUUGUGUGAAAUUGCUGGCCACUGCUGCUCCUCUUAAAGCUAUAAAAACAAUAAUCUGUGUAAUACUUGAUUUAUUUUUUUGUAAAACCAUAGAGAAGAUAUUAACUACACAGUUGUCCUGUACGUUGUGUCCAUCUUUAUUUCAGUCUUGCUGGGUUUUGCACAUGUACCUGUUGGGUCUUUAUGGGAGCAUGAAGAGGUUUUUGUCUUCUCUCUGUACCGUGUUGAUGACUUCGCACUGAAUGAUAUAUGCCUUAGAUUUUAUCUGGCAACAAAAGCAUAAUUAUGGAAACAUCAUCUUACUGCUGGCUGUUGUUUCCACAAGACUUAGGAAAUUAAAAAGGAGCAGAGUUGCUUGAUUUAUCUUGUAGGAGUUAAAACACCUAACACAAAAUGUUUAACUGCCACACAAUGGACAAAUAGCAGAAAGUGCCCCGUAGUCAGGAUUCUGUAUAACCCUCCUAAAUGUUUUAACCUUAUAUUUUGCCUCUGCUUCUGUAAGCAUAACAAUAGGUGUUCCAAGUUUCUAACAUUGUGGAGGAUGAAGAAGGAAAACCCUGGAGGUUUUCACCAGUAUAAAAUGCAGUGACAUUAUUUCCUUGGAAAUAAGCAGAUAUUUACUACUGGUUUUAUAUUUGAUACAGAAGUAAAUGAAGAUGCCUAAUUCAGAGCAUCUUCCAAAAUAUUACAAGAGAACACUUCUGAGACAGAAGUGGGAGAGAGAGUCUUACUUUGUAUUGAAAAUGAGAAAAAUGAUGCCGUAAACCAUGAAUGCCUUUUGUGUAUUGGGAUAAAAGAAACAUGAAUCAUUAAAAUACAACCAAACUUUACAUAGCUGUGGGGUUCUGCACAAAAGAAAAAAAAAAAAA